AUGGUCGGAUUCUAUCACGCCGCCCUGGUGCUUUGCACCGCCGUGGGCGCUUCUGCUCGCACGCACGGCGCCGCCAACCCGCGCUCCUACCUCGAGAAACAGUUCUCUCAGCAAUUCAGCGAAGGUUACAGCAUUCUGAAGCACUAUGGCGGAAAUGGGCCUUACUCGGAACGCGCCUCCUACGGCAUCGAACGAGACCCGCCGUCUGGAUGUGCGGUCGACCAGGUCAUCACCAUCAUGCGACACGGCGAACGCUACCCAGACCCGAGCGUAGGCGCCGCCUUCGAGCAGACCCUGUCCAAGAUCUAUGCCUCCGGCAUCACCGACUGGAAGGGUGACCUGGCCUUCCUCAACGACUGGACCUAUUUCGUCCCGAACGAAUGCUACUACUCGGCUGAGACGUGGACGGGGCCGUAUGCGGGCUUGCUGACGGCCUUCCGUCAUGGAGCCGAAUACCGCGACCGCUACGGCCAUCUGUGGGACGGCAAGUCGGUCGUGCCCAUCUUCACCAGCGGCUUUGAGCGGGUGAUCGAGACGGCGCGCAAGUUCGGCGAGGGAUUCUUCGGAUACAACUAUUCGACCAGCGCGGCCAUCAACAUCAUCCCUGAGGACGAGGACCGGGGUGCCGACAGCCUGACGCCGACGUGCGACCAUGACAAUGACCAAAGCACCUGCAAUGCGCUGCCCAAGAUGAUGCCGCAGUUUUACGUCGCCGCUGAGCGGUUAAACACGCAGAACCCGGGACUUAAUCUCAACGCGACGGAUGUUUACAAUCUGAUGCAGAUGGCGGCUUUUGAGCUCAACGCCCGGCCGUUCUCGGACUGGAUCAAUGCGUUCACGCUGGACGAGUGGGUGAGCUUUGGCUACACGCAGGACCUGAUCUAUUACUACUGUGCAGGUCCGGGUGACAGGAACAUGUACGCCGUUGGAGCCGUGUAUGCGAACGCGAGUCUUACACUGCUGAACGAGGGGCCAUCGGCUGGAACGCUGUUCUUCAACUUCGCCCACGACACCAACAUCACCCCGAUCAUCGCCGCGCUAGGCCUUCUCAUCCCGCACGAAGACCUGCCCCUAGACUAUAUCCCCUUCGGCAACCCAUGGUCAAUCGGCAACAUCAUGCCGAUGCAAGGCCACCUGACGAUCGAGCGUCUCAGCUGCAACGCGACAGCCAUUUCCGAAGCUGGGACGUACGUGCGGAUCGUGCUGAACGAGGCCGUCGUUCCGUUCAACGCGUGCCAGUCGGGACCCGGGUACUCGUGCCCGCUGGCCAACUACACAUCGAUCCUGCAGAAGAGUCUGCCGGACUAUGUCAAGACGUGCCAGGUGCCGUCGUCGUACCCGCAGUAUCUGAAGUUCUGGUGGGACUACGAUACGUCGACCAAGUACAACUACCAGAAUGGGUCGAUAGGGUGUCAGCAGGGGACGACCACCGUGUAG